GUGGCAAACGGUCGUCUAUUAAGAGGACUCUCUGUGGAACAUUAAGGUAGCUAUUACAUCUGCAUAACUUCAUGUAAGGGUGUGGAUGCAGAGGAGGUUCAAGGCCUUAUGACUCCAGUGGUAGCUUGUGUUUUCACACUCCAGUGCUACAGUAGCUCUGUGUUCCACCACAGGCAUCUGUUGGAAAGCGGAAGGAGCAGAGAUAGACAAGACACACAAGAGGAAACACAAAGCAAACUUCAGGGGAGCCUUUCCAACGGCCUGUCUGAGUCUGACACAGAGCAGGUGGGGAGAGAACUUGGAUGUGUGCCAGAGAGGAAAACAGCUGGGAAAUGUCCCCAAGCUAGCAUCAGUGUCCACUGAGCUGUGACUCCUCACUGCCUUCACCUCUUCACUCACAGGGGAAACCUUCCAAGUCAAAAAUCACACUUCAGUUCAACAAAACCAAACACUUCAGCGCCUAAAUGUCACAGGUGUCUUUGUGUCCGUCUUUGGAUGUAGAGAAUAACAGCACGAUGGCCACACCUGACGUGCCCGAAAUGACCGCUCCCUUCUCUGCUGUGACCUACGAGUCUAAAUCGGAGACAGUCACCCUGCCCGGCGGCAUAGUCUCGGUGGCCGGCAUCACCGUGGUGACAGGUGGCGCCGAGCUGACCUGCGGCUCCUGCACGCUUGCCAUUGGCAUCUGGGGGAUCCUGAUUGGCGUCAGCGUGGUGGCGGUGGGGCUGUGGGACCACUCGCAGCACCAGAGGACCAGCGCCUCCCUCCUGCUGACCCUGGGCUUGGUGGUCCUGUCGGUCAGCUUCGCCAUGGUGGCCAGCGUGGUGGGCUUUCGCCUGUGGAGCUGCAGGACGGGUCGAGCAAAGGAGAGGGAUGAAGGGAAGGUGGUUCUGGUGGGCGAGAGAGGGAGGAGUGUUCUAAAAACAGUGACCGUGUAAAGCUCGCACGCUUGGCCCCAGACGCAGAGAGUGUGAAUAAACAUUUACAUGCCUGUAAAGUUCAUUCUGUACACUGUCGAACAAUGCACUGAAAAUAUUGACACUGAUUUUAGUCUAAACAUUUGAACAAACGAUUUUCCUCCAUUUGAAUUGAUAAACUUUAGCUUUGUGUGUGCAGUUGUGUUGCCAUCUAUCAAUCAUGAUCGUGUAAAUGUUACAUGCUUAAGUGGUACUGUCCACUAAAUCAUGGGCUUGUCUCAGGCCUGCGGCAUCCUCUGAGGGGCUGUGUGAGGUUGUGGUGUGACUGGGCUUCACUCUUAAUCCAUCUGCUGGAUCACAGAAGAAUGUGACAGGAAAUACAGACAGCUUCCUGUUAAGGGAUGUGCCCACUAGAGAAAACAGGACUUGCCUUCCUGUGUAAUCUGUGAAAAACAGCAUUCUACAAGGUCUGAUAUUCUAACAUUUAUUUCUUUAUUAUCUAAAUUAUAUCUAAAUUAACAGUUAUAUAUUACACUUGUCAAAUUUGAAUAUCCCAAUCCAAUGUAGAUCCAAUUUAACU